UUAUCGUAUAAAUUAGUUAAAUCAGGACAAUCCUCCUCGAUCCCUCAUAACCAAUCACUCAACUCUGAAGUCUGAAGGUACUGAAAGUUGAGUUGUUGACUGUCUCAGCGUUGCGAAGUCUCGGAUCCAGAAUCGAUGGAUUAGGGGUAACUACUAUCUUGGAUGUCAAGUCACAACUCCUAAUAUGUGCUGAUAGUGUGUCCUCCCUGAUUCAAUGAAUCAAGUUAGAAUGAACUUUUCUGGUUUUGGCAAAUGACACAGAUUUGAAACUAAGCUGAAAGAUUCUCUUAUAUUACAUCACUUUUGAGAAUGGGUAAAGCUCAACGUAAAAUGUCUGAAGCAACCAAUAGACAGAUCAGCAAUAGCACAAAAUGCAAUUCCAAACAGACCGUGGAAAAAUCAGAUGAACAUCCUGAAUGGUUACCUGAUGGUUGGAUUGUGGACUCCAAAACUCGAAAAAGUGGUGCAUAUAUGGGAUGUGGGUAUAAGUGUUACAUUGAUCCAACUGGACGCAAAUUCUACUCCAAACCAGAGGUAUUACGCUAUCUUGAGACUAUAAACAUCAACAGUCACAGUUCCAAGAAGGAAAAGAUGCGCAAAAGCAAUGAUGCUGUCGAGAAGUCCCCAGUUGAGGAUUUACCACCUGGCUGGACAAUAGAAACCAAGGUUAGGAAGGGUGGUACUGGCAAUAGGAAAGAUCUGUUUUAUAUAGAUCCGGUGGGUGGAUAUGUAUUUCGCUCCAAGAAGGAUGCACUACGCUAUGUUAAGUCUGGUGAUAUAAGUGUGUGUGUGGUUAAACCGUAUAAGCAACAAAUCCAAGAUCAAGACAAAGUAUCUAAUGCAGAUGAGAAGUCCACUAUACAGGAUUUACUACCUGGGCAGAUGACAGAAGUCAAAAUUAGGAAGGGCAGUAGUGACAAAAGGAUAGAUCCGGAUUCCGUCGAGAAGUCCCAAGUUGAGGAUUUACCACCCGGGUGGAUAACAGAAGCCAAGGUUAGGAAGGGUGGUAGUGGCAAGAAGAAAGAUCUGUUUUAUUUAGAUCCAGUGAGUGGAUAUGUAUUUCGGUCCAAGAAGGAUGCACUGCGCUAUGUUAAUUCUGGCGAUAUAGAUACGUGCGUGAUUAAACCAUAUAAAAGAGGAAUCCAAGAUGAAGACAGAAUAAGUCCAUCAUCUAUUGGCAAAAAGCAGAAGCUAAAGCAGUCUGCCGCAAAUCAACAGCUUUCUGUAGGUGAAUCUGAUGUGAAGAGCCAAUCGUUAGAGCAUGCAACUGUACACAGUCCUGAAAUGAUGAAAACAUUUGAUUCAGAUGAUGUGCUAGAGAAGGACCACUUUGAGAAUAUGAUGGAGCAUGCUAGUGAAAAGAAUCACAGCAACCGUAGUUUAUCCAAAACCAAAGAGUCCAAUGUGGCUCGCCGUUUUUCACGGAGACUUUCUGGGGCUGAACCUGACCAUUUGACCUACGUGCCCAAUGAACAGGCUCUUCAAGUUCCUAAAAGAAAGUUGGGAAAAAAUAUAAGUAUUUUAGACACUGAUUUGACAAAUAAAUCAUCUCAGCAGCUGAGUGGUGUACUGGAAACUGAGCGUUCAUAUAAAGAGCAAGAAGAAGUGCAAUUGAACUCAAACAAAUCCAGAACCAAGGAAGAGAAACAAAUUUUUUAUCGUUCUUCAAAACGAUUAGCUGAAUCUGAACCGAAGCUGAUGAGCAACUCUAGUUCCCACAAAACAUCUUAUAAAAGUAAAAGGUCUAAAGGUGAUGCCAAAGCAACCUUGCAGCAAAGUGAUGGUCAGCCAGUUACGGAGUUUGCAGCAUCAACAAAUGGAAAUAAAGGCAAAAAACUUCCCGAAGCCACACCCAUAACUAGCAAUCAACUGAAGAAAUUUGAUGACCAAGAAAUAAAUAACGAUGAGAAAUCAGAACUUGAGCAAUCCUUUGCAUUUCAUUAUUCUUGGUCUGAUCCAUGCUUGGAAUUUGCAAUUCAGACCCUGACAGGUGCAUUACCAGUUGAAGAUUCAACUGACAAUGGAGAAGCCAGGGUUUCUGAAACAGAUACAUCUCCCAAAAAUAAGUCGGUUGAGAAUGUUACAGGAAGCAGCAAUGACAAAACCUCACGUGUAAAUUCAAAGAAAUCCAAGAACAAAAAAGAGCUUACAGUGCCAAGGCGGUUGUCAAAGCGACUUGCUGGCAAUGAAUCCGAGGUACUUCCUACUGAAAAAGCUGCUGAAUUCGCCCCUCAGAAGUCGUGCAAUGACAAACUAGCUGCUACUGCGAGUUUAACUAAUGGAGUGUCUGGGCAUCUUCGUGACAGGGAAGAAUCCGAACUUGUUGUCCAGGCAUCUGACAGGUUGAAAACAUUAUGUGGUGAAUCAUUGAUCAAGAAUGAGAAGUCAUAUGAUGCCCAAACGGUUCCCAAUGAACAAAUGCAGAGUUAUGAAGAGGAAAAUGCCGAUGAUGAAAGAUCGUAUUCACAGUUCCCCACACCUUUUGGGGACUCCUGGUCGGAUCCUUGUCUAGAAUUUGCAAUUAAGACUCUUUCAGGUGCUUUGCCAGUUGACGCACCAACUGCGGACAUUUUACCUGUUGUUACUCCUGAUGUUAGUGACCCCCCAAAUAAGGAGUCACUUCAGAGUAUGGAGCAGAAGAGCAUGAAUGCAGAAACUCAUGAUAAUCCCUACCAAUCCCAGACCAAGAAUGAGUUUAAUACUGUUUGCCACACAUCAAAACAAGACCUGAACCAGCCCGAGGUGACCACCUACUCCACAUCUUUUGGAAAUGAUCCAAAGUUUGCAACUAGAGAGUCUUACAAGGAUGGAGACAGUAUAACCAGGAAUUCUAAUGGAAGAGAACCCGAACGUAUUAAAUCUGGGAACGCACUAGAAAUUGAUAUUAACAAAACAAUUCUUGAAGAAGAACCACAACCUGCAACAAUAAACUACGAUAAUUCUGACAGAGAAUUCGCUGCUUCAUUUAUGGAUUCUUGGUCAGAUCCAUGCCUAGAAUUUGCAUUUGAUACUCUUUCAGGCGCAAUACCAGUAGAGGAAAAUAUAACAAUUCAAGCAUGUUUCCAGGAACGUGCCCAUAGCCAUGGCCAAAGAGGGGGUUUCUCGACAGUACCAGAUUUUGGAUUUUCCAAUAGUGGUAUCUCAUUUCACAAUAAUAUAGAGGAGAAAUCCAAGUCAGUUCAACAGUCAUCAGCGAGUUCUUCUUUCCUCCCCCAGGAAAAACAAGGUCUGGGCGCUUUCUACGGGGUUGAUCCUCAAGAACAAUACUUUCAGAAUAGUAAUAAUUUUCAGAGAAAGUGAGUUCGCAAGACAUUGCUGGCUAAUCCCAAGUAUAAUGCUUAACGACUGUACCUGUAUGAACUUCUAUAUCAAUAUCAUCAUUAUGCAUCUAUUCCAACUGUGCUUGUGUGAACA